CAUCUACUCUUAAAGAAGAUCAGAAAUCUCGAAUAGAAAAAAAUCUGAUAAAAGUUCUAAUGAAUGAAAGCCCUGAUCCUGAACCUGAUUGCGAUGCUGCUGCUGUGAAAGCAUCACAAAAAUUGUGGGCUGACCGUGUUUCCUUGGCAGGCAGUAAUCUUUUUACAAUAGAAGUCCAAGAUUUUAUACCAUUUGUGCAGUGCAAAGCAAAAUUUCUUGCUCCUAGUUUUCAUGUUGAUGUUCCUGUGCAGUUUGAUGUAUACUUGAGAGCUGAUUGUCCUCAUCCUAUUAGGUUUUCGAAGCUCUGCAUCAGUUUCAAUAAUCAGGAUUACAACCAAUACUGUGUGGUAGAAGAAGCCUAUCAAAAAAGUGAUAUUCUAGAACAGUCAUCACAAGGAACAAUGUGCUUAGUCCCUGGCAAAACGAGAAAGUUCACUUUCAAAUUUGUUGCGAAAACUGAAGAUGUAGGAAAGAAGAUUGAGAUCACCUCUGUGGAUUUGAUCCUGGGAAGUGAAUCUGGCCGAUGUGUGAUUCUGAACUGGCGUGGAGGAGGUGGAGAUGCUGCUUCAUCUCAAGAAACAUUGCAGGCAGCACGUUCCUUCAGGCGAAAACCUAAGCUUCCGGAUAAUGAAGUGCACUGGGACAGUUUGACUAUUCAGGCAAGCACUAUGAUUAUUUCUAGAGUGCCAAACAUUUCUGUUCAGCUCCGUCAUGAACCUCCUGCCCUGACUAAUGAAAUGUAUUGUUUGAUUGUGACAGUCCAGUCACAUGAGGAGACGGUGGCCAAAGAUGUUAAGCUUACAGCAGGUUUAAAGCCAGGGCAGGAUGCCAACCUGACUCAGAAAACUCAGGUGACUCUUCAUGGAACAGAUGCAUGUGAUGACUCCUUUCCUGCACUGCUUCCUGAUAUCCCUGUAGGAGACUUGCAACCAGGGGAAAAGCUGGAAAAACCAAUAUACAUUCGUUGUGGAACAGUUGGUGCAAGAAUGUUUCUGGUUUAUGUUUCUUACUUAAUCAACACUGUCGUCGAGGGGAAAGAAAUCCUCUGCAAGUGUCACCGGGAUGAAACUGUAACCAUAGAAACAGUAUUUCCUUUUGAUGUUGCUGUCAAAUUUGUCUCCACAAAGUUGGAGCACUUGGACAGAGUAUUUGCCGAUAUACCGUUUUUACUGAUGACCGACAUCCUGAGUGCCUCUCCUUGGCCUCUCACUAUUGUAACCAGCCAGCUACAGCUCUCGACUUCAAUGAGCCCAGUAGAUCAUCUGGAAUCUUAUGUGGAGAAUGUUGUUUUACAGACAGGUGAGAGUGCCAGUGAGUGCUUUUGCCUUCGAUGUCCUCCAGUUACUAACGCUAAUGGAGUGGCAACUGGAUGUUAUGUCAUUUCCUGGAAGAGAAGUUCACCUGUGGAAAGUGUACCUGUUGUUAGUACAGUCAUCACCCUACCACAUGUGAUUGUGGAGAGCAUUCCGCUCCAUGUUAAUGCAGAUCUGCCAUCGUUUGGUAGAGUCCGAGAAUCCCUACCUGUCAGAUACCAUCUGCAAAAUAAGACCAACUUAGUCCAAGAUGUGGAGGUGUCAGUGGAACCCAGUGAUGCCUUCAUGUUCUCUGGCCUUAAACAGAUCCGAUUAAGAAUCCUUCCCGGCACGCAGCAGGAGAUGUUGUAUAACUUCUAUCCCUUGAUGGCUGGAUAUCAGCAGUUACCAUCUCUUCAUGUUAACUUGCUGCGAUUCCCAAACUUCACUAAUCAGUUGCUCAGGCGAUUCAUACCGACACACAUUUUUGUAAAGCCUCAGGGUCGUCAAGCAGAUAACUCGAUUGCAGCUGCGUAACUUUUGAGACCUGUUCCUCUGCACUUAAAGAAAAGGGGAUGUUGCACAGGAUAUGUAAAGCUCACUUUGGAAACAUGGCUUUGAUCAAACCAUAAGAAUUAAAUUUUAUUUUUAAAUUACAACUCUUAGCAGAACUAAUGUGUUAAAAAAAAAACAAAACAAAGCUAGUCUUUUGUAGACUUUCUUUAAGGAGUAAACAUAUGGGGGAAACUGGUGCUUUAUUGAACAGGAACAUUCUUUUGAAGUUAACUUUGAAUGUCAAACUCUUAAAAGUAUUAUUAAGGCAUAUUAAAUGUCUUAAGUAUUUAAGUGAAGAAAUGCUAAUUCAUUUGACCAAAACCAAGCGUUUUCAUAAUUAACAGUAAGUUGAAGUGCAAAGUUUGUACUAUGAGAGAUUUACAACAUUGAGAAUAUCCCUUGCAGAAGUUUGUUCUGUGCCACUUGUGUGGAGGGCAGAACAGGGUGUGCGGUAGCACAGUAAACUACACGUGGUUACAUUGUACUGUUGGAAUUUGAGCCACUUACUAGUUCUUUCAAACCAUAAAUCUAAAAGGCACUGUUUCUCCUGGGUCAGCCAUACCUCUGCGUUUGAAUUCAGCAGCUAGUCUAAUUAAGAGGGAUUUGUUCGGAACAGUUGGACUAUCCAACCUGAAGCUGGUAUGGUUUUGGAUUGUUUUAACACACGUGGCUUCCAGACUAAAGGUAUGUCUCGGUAGCCUCCUGCUGUGUGAAUUUAAAAAAUGGACAUCCUGCUGUUGUACAGCUCCAGAUGAACUGGUGUUUAAAAUACAGUAAAUCGUGUAUAUAAAAAGAAUGCAUUGUGAAAACUUCAGUUGUUUAACUUUCUAAGUAAUUACACCUUGGUUGCUUGGGAAAUACCUUAUUUAUUGUCAAAGUGGAGUUCUAAUAAACAGCUUGUAACAGAGUACUUCUG